AAAAAUUGUUUUUUUUUAGAACAUUUCCUGUUCAACUGAACAAAUACUAUUUUUGAAAGUUUUCAAAUCGAUUUUAUUUUCGAAGAAUUUUCUGUCCGGAUAUAGUUUUUUUUUUAAGUAGUAUGUCAAAUUAAAGGGGACACAUAUAAAAUGCGAAUAAUUUAUCAUAUAUUUUUUACAAUUAUAAUUGUUUUGUUGGAAAUACAAAAAAAGAGUGCAGAGGGGAAUGAAAGGGACGGAAAUGAGGCGAUAAUAGAUACAAAAGUUGUUGAAAUCGACGACGAAACUGAUGACUCGGAAAUUGUUGAAAAACCAAAAGAUAGAACAAAGAGAAUGAAAAACUUUGUUGGAACAAAUUUGUUUGGAGAUACCAAUGGAAUACGAAAGAAUUGUUUCUCGUCAGAGGAUAUUGCACUAUUGGCUGCUAGAAGAGAUUUUGAGCUCCUCAUACCAAAAACAUUGCCAAGUUGUCUUUUAGACGAUGACUUUGCCAAAAUUCUUUUGCAAUACUUCUAUGAAGCUAACCAAGUGAUUGACAAAAUGGCGAGUGGACGUUCAAAAACAAUUGCCCAGAAAGCUUUCUUCGACACAUUAGGAGGAUAUCUCCAAUACUAUAUGGUUUCAAUUUCAAUGUUCUCCUUUUAUGCGGGUUCAAUCAAGUUAAGAACUGUCGAAAAUAUCCUUGAAUUACAUGAUCAAAGUAAAACUUUUCUCAACACAAAUGGAAAUGGCUGGCGUCCGGCUAUAAAAGAUUUUUCUGAUUUCGACAUUCAAAUUGAACCUCUUCGAAUUAUUAUCGAAGAAAAACAAGAAGAAGACACAUCAUGCAUUCAGCUUGAAAUUCAAGAUGAUCGUACUACUGAGACAGACGAUAUGAUAGUUGCUUUACCGCGACUUGAUCAAGAGGAGAAGGGAAUUCUUGGAAACAUUUGGCUUCCGUUUAAACGAAGAAGAACUUUUAAUUUGAAAAAUACAAAAUCCGCAUUUGUUUUGUUGAGAUAUUUUGAAUUAACAACUCGAUGUUACAACUUCCAAGGGAUCUGCCAGGAUACAUUUAAUAGAAAAUUCAAAAAUUGGAUUUUCGAAAACCUUGAUAUUCAUUUAAAAGAUGACAUUUUCUAUCCUGGACUGGGAGCGAUAUUAAGAAUUCUCGAAACACUUCAAAUGAAAAAUAGUGACUUUAUUAUUUUACAAAAACGUCAGAAGACUCAAAAUUUCAAGACUAUCGAGAAUACAGCUAAACAAUUGCAAACACAUUCUAAAGAUUGGUUUAGAGAUAUUUUUGGAAACAGCGAAAAACUAGCUCUCGAGAACAACAGAGAAAUUAGUCCGAAGCAAAAAGAUAUCGACGAUGAACGUCGAAUGAUGUAUAUUUACAUUACAAUUAUAAUUUCUGUGUUGCUUCUUGUAUUUGUUAUAUCAGUUGCUUACAUUGUGAAAUGGAGCAAUACACCACCGACAGACUUAGAUGUUGAAAAACCUCCAAAGAAAGCAAAAAGGGUACGAAUAGAUGAGAAAAUCAGAAGACUUUCAAACAAAGAUGACGAAGAGGAGGUAUUGUUGGGGCCAGAUAGUUCGUCAAUUGUUUCUUCUCCAGAACUAUCAAAAUCUUCCAAACUAAAUAGAAUUAUUUCUUCGAAAAAUGUAAAAAGUUCUGCAUCAUCGAAUUGCUUUCCCCUUUGCACAAAAAGAAACAGUCUCGAAUUUGAUAAACCAAUGGAUUCGGAUUCAACAAACGAAGAAAUGGAGGCAACAGAAAUUACUGAUCUACCUACAAGUUCAAAAUUUGCUGAUACUUCAAAAGUUAUAAAUGAUAGGAAAUAUGUGGGAAGUCACAAAAAACCCUAGAAGAAAGCUUUUGAUAUGUUGAAAGCUUUUAUGUUUGAGAAAAUUUAUUUUGAUAUUUUUUUUAUACGUUAU